AAGAUAUUCUCUUUUCAAAAAAAUAGGGUUUUUUCUCUUUCUUUUCUUUCUUUCACAUUUUACCAAGUGAAAAUACAGUCUUUAAUUAAUUAAAAAAACAGAGUUUGAGACAGAGUUAAGAGGCAGAACAGAAGUGAAGAACAGCACAGAGAGAGAAAUCAUAGUUACGAUGGCAGAGAAUGGAACAACACACACUGAACCUACACAAACCACAACACCAAUGGAGAUUCAAAAUGGAAACGCAGAUUCAACACCACAACCACCACAAGAACCACCAAAAUGUUUAAUCACAAAAUUAGACAAUGGAACCAUAGAGAGUCAUCGUUACUACUUAUCUCGCAAAACAACACUCGAGAUGCUCAAAGACAGAGGCUACUCUAUCCCUUCCGACGAAAUCCAACGCUCUCUUGACGAGUUUCGUCAAAUUCACGGUCAAUCUCCUGAUGUUGAUCGUCUCCGUUUCACUGCUACUCAUACCACUGACCCCUCUAAAAGGAUUUUGGUGAUUUUUACUGGACCAGGGAUUGUGAAAGUGAAUGUUGUUAGAAACAUUGCUGGACAAAUUGUGAAUAGAGAUACUUUGACUGGUCUUAUUUUGAUUGUUCAAAAUCAAAUUACUAGUCAAGCUUUGAAAGCUAUUAAUCUUCUUAAUUUCAAGGUUGAAAUUUUUCAGAUUACAGACUUGCUUGUUAAUGUUACAAAGCAUGUAUUGAAACCAAAGCAUCAGGUGCUGACUGAUAAGCAGAAAAAAAAUCUCCUGAAGAAGUAUGAUAUACAAGAAAAGCAGCUUCCCCGAAUGCUACAGACUGAUGCAAUUGCUCGAUAUUAUGGACUUCAGAGGGGGCAGGUAGUUAAAGUUACCUACACCGGUGAAAUCACCCAGAUGCAUGUCACAUAUCGAUGUGUUUGGUGAUAUUUCCUUGGUCUCGGUUUCUCUUUAGUUUUGUUGUUUGAAUUCUCAGAAUUCAUAUGUUGUAUCGUGCAUAAAUUUAUGAUUGUAGAAUUGUAACUGAUAAGUCAGUCCUAGGUGAUCUGUGUCCUAAUGUUAUGUACUCGCGAAGUUUGGUCUUGUGGAUUUCUCUUUUGAACCUUUGAAGAACUAAUCUGCAUUUAAAAAUUCUGUGUAGAAACUGGUUUUUCCUAAGAAAAAAACUAAUCUUACUGCACCAAAA